UUAAACUCCAAACCCUAACUAAUACAAUUGACAAGUCUUUCCCUCUCUUGUUGUUUCAUACAACUUCAAUCUUCUUAUCAGCAUCAAAACUUCAAUUUUCCCAAAAAAAAAAGAACUAACAAACCCAUUUCUCCAAGACCUUAAAAUGGCUCUAAGAAUCAAUUUUUUGCCCCCAAACACCAUCCCAAAGUCUCAAAACUUCCAGCCCCAAUUGGCCAAACCCAAAAUCCAGAUGCUAUGCACCAAGAACAACCUCAGUGAUGCGGAGCUGGCAUCAGAUUUGGCAACAGAAGUGGCAAAGAUGAACACCCAUUUGGUACAAAAAGAAGAAGCCAUGAAGAAAAGCAAAGAAUUGCUGUUCACUGAGUUUUGCCAGUACUUGGGUCUGAAAGAAGAGGAUGCGAGGAAGAAAUGGAGGAAAAUUAAGGAAGAGGAGAAGUGGGAUUUGGUUGAAGGGUUUGUUAGUGAAUGGAGUGUGAAUUUUCAUCCUUUAUCUGCAAGGUCGGUGAAGGAACUGCUUCAAGAGUAUUUGCAUCAAGUUGAAGAAAAGCCAUUUACAAGUUCUGGUAAUGUUUUUAAGAGAAUUUUAGGGUUUUCAGAAGAUUAGGGUUUGGAGAGUAUUAUAUUUUAUAUGAGGAUUAAUGAGUUUACAAUUGGAUUGAUGUCAUGUCAACUAUUCUAUCUAAUAAUAAUAAUUACAUUACUGAA